GCAGCACUCCCCGAAACGUCACAAGCGUCAAAGUGUCAAAAAGCAAAACGUCAAAAGAGCAACAACAAAGGAAAAAAAAACAUUACAAUCAUAAGCCUAGCGCUCAGAUCGAUAGUGCAUCGAGUGAAAAUGAAAAGCAAUUACACCCGCUGGACGCUUUUCCUUCUGAUGUGAGUUUGUGCCCCGUUUGCUGUGCCCCUUUUGCACCCUGUUUUUUGCCCCUCCUGCACGUGGUAAAAGAAAACCUUGGCCGAACAAACCUUGGCUGUCCUUCGUCGAAGCCGGAGUGGGAGAGAGAGAGAGAGCACCCGUGGGAGAAAAGGAGUUUUUGUGAAAAAAUUGAAAAACGAAAGACAGAGACGAUGGUCUGGUAGAGAUAGGAGGUUGGUGGUCGGAAUCGGUAAACGGUGGCAGACGUAAGCAAUGGAAAGCGAAAAACUGUUGAUGGCCGCCGGUGUGACGGCGGCAGUCGUCGUCGGUGCGUUCGUCUUCUGGGGACCGUCCGGCUCUUCCAAGCUGCGGCAGCGGCGGGGCCAGAUCGCCGGGCUGCACAACUUCGGCAAGACGUGCUUUCUCAACACGCUGCUGCAGGCGUUGGCCGCCUGCCCGCAGUUCAUCGCGUGGCUGCAGCUGCACAACACCAAGGACAAGAAGAGCCUCGUCUCGUCGCUGCAGAACGUGCUGGAGGUGGUAAACGGGACGCAUCCGACGCUGCGGGGCGACCCGUACGCGCCGGGCGCCGUCAUCCGCGCGCUGCACGCCCUCGGCUGGGUCAUCUCGCCCGAGGAGCACGACGCGCACGAGCUGCUGCUGGUGAUGCUCAGCUCGCUCGAGGAGGAGGUGUCAAAGCCGCGCAAGAUCGGCUGCCUGUCCGAUGCGCUCGACGACGUGGUCGGCGGUGGUGGUGGUGGCGGGGGUGACUUGGGCUUCCACGCCAUACCGGCCCGCCCGUCCAGCGCGAUGCUGUCCGACUUUUGCAACGCCGAGUACGACGAGUCGACCAGCCUGAUGCGGUACACCCGGUCGGAGGCGCACACGCCCGAUUCGCCCCACUCGGUGUGCACGGAGAACGAGGAGCAGUCGCAGGAAAGCUCGCUGGUCGAGUUCGGGGCGUCCCCGUCGCACGCGAUCAGUGUCGCGUUUGGCGGUCGCCGCUUUGGCAGCCGGAUGCAGCUGCAGCAGCAGCAGCAGCAACAGACGAUGGUACGGCCGACCCCGAUGGGCCGCGACGAGCAGACGAGCAUGGGCAUGGGGGACGCGGGCGGUAACCAUUUCGCGGGCAAGCGGCACUCCGCCUCGUACCGGUCGCUCGAGCGGCUCAACCGGGGCCCGGGCCGCGUGUCCGUGUGGGGCGACCGGCAGCAGGCCCAGAUACCGCACCCGUUCCGGGGCGGCAUGGGCAGCCAGCUGUGCUGUGGCGGGUGCGGCCACAAGUCCACCGUGCGGUACGACAAGUUCGACAGCAUCACGCUGCCGCUGCCGGAGACGGCCGCGCCCGGGCUCGGCAUCGGCAACCUGCUGUCCGACUUCAUCCAGCCGGAAACGCUCGACGCGGUGCAGUGCGACGCGUGCCACGAGACGACCGCGCACACGAAGACGCUCACGUUCAGCAAGCUGCCCGCCUGCCUGUGCAUCCACAUCGCCCGCACCACGUGGCACGCGAGCGGCCACGUGCACAAGCGGCUGGACAGCGUGCACUUUCCCGAGACGCUCUCGAUGGCGCCGUACAGCUUCGUGCAGCCCGGGCUGAACAGCAACAUCAGCACGCCCUGGGGCUCGACCACCUCGCUCUACUCGGCCGGCCUGAUGGCGAGCGGGCUGGACGCGGUCGGCGGCGGGGCCCAGGCGGGACCGGGGGCGGCCGACGCACCUUCCGGCUCGAUGACGUUCGGGUCGUACACGUUCGGUGCGAUGUUCCCGCGCAACCUGUACCGCCUGCUGGCGGUCAUCGUACAUUCUGGUGAGGCAAACGCCGGUCACUUCGUCACGUAUCGGCGCGGGGCGCUGCGCAACUCCUACAAAUGGUACUACACGUCGGACACGAUCGUGCGGGAAGUUCCUAUCGAGGAGGUGCUGAACAGCUCGGCGUACAUGCUGUUCUACGAUCGCGGCUCGUCCUCCAAAUACCCGUAAGCAGGCAUUUGGCGGGUUACACGGGAAGCAGCCAGCUUGCGGAAGUUUGCGCUUUGCGCAAACGCAACAAUUUCAUGUACAGCACACCCUACAAAAGUUAAGCUGAUAGGCAACACGAACCAUACACACACACACACACACACACACACACACACACACACACACAAGUUAAGCUGUUUUUCUCUGCAGCGGAGAAGGGGUGGGGUGGCAAAGCAAAGCAAAAAAAAGAAAAGAAAAGGAUUUAAACGUAAUUUAGCGCCUUGGAGCGCAUCCUAACAGGUCGGACGGGAGGUCGUUUUUGUAUAGGACGGUGGAGGAACGCUUGCAAACCAAACUGCAACCAUUACCACCUUCACCCCCUCUGUCGAGCUCUAUUUGUUGUUGAUGUCGUUACACUAUAGUAGGCAGAAGAGAGAGAGAGAGAGAGAGAUUCAGAGAGUUAGAGAGCGAGAGAGAGAGGAGCGUGUUAGGAAUCGUGAAUAUUACGCAUACUCAUAAACCAAAUGCAUUUGACAUCGAACGAAAAUAGGGCAACCGAACCGAACCGAAUCGGACUAGCAUUGGAGUUUUCGGUCCUUUUUUCCCUGUCCCGAAGAAAAGUGGGUGGAAGCCCAGAAUUCUUUCCAGAAUACGGUAGCCACUAUCCUACAGUCGUUGUAAGUGUUGAACUAGAUUUAAGGGAAGGAGAUAGCGAGUCGGCAGAGAACAGGGAAAUGAUUUCACCAGUUGGCAUGGUAGCGAUGUAGCAGGGAACGGUUUCUGCUACCUUCAUGCCGCUGCAUGCUGUAGAAGUAGAUUUCUCUCUAGCUUUCUGUGUUUCUGUUUGCGACCAGAUAUCGCUUGUUAAGCCAUUUUGCUUUUGCAAAAAAAAAAAAAAAAUCAAAAACCCCGCUGCUGUCAGUGCGCUUACCUAACUUUCCGUGCUAACUGCACAUUCAAUUGUGACGAGCGAAAAGGUUAGCAAAAUGGUGUUUUGAAUGUGCAGAGCAAAGGCAUUAGCGGACAAACAAACCAAAAA